AUGUUCCGGGCAAAGCGGGCUCGUUGUGACGAAGGUUUAUUGGGUUCUUUGACGGCGAAGUUAGCGCAUCCUUUUAGGUCGUCUAAACUGGAGGCGACAUGUGUCGGGGGAGAGCGUCCGGUUUACCGGAUACCACGGGUGGCAUCGUUGAGCGACCAUGUGCCCACCUUUACGAAGAUGACUAACUUUUGUGAUGCACGUUUGGGAGCACACGUUAUCUUCGCUACCGACGAAUACCGCUGUUCCGCUUCAGAUAUACUCCAACACGACAGACAUCCGCCGUCGACUAGAGGUUGGAUCACCCGCAGACGAAGGAUACCCGGCCACGAAUGGUGCCUAAUCAAACUCCCCGUGCCUAUUAUCGUCCGUGGAAUACUCAUCACCACCGGAAACGACGCACCACCACACAUAAGCAUCGAAGGUGCUUGGGACGUCAUCAACCUCACCGGACAGCGCGCGAGUAAACUGAUAGAUACGCAAUCUGCAUGGAGAAGUGUGGUUGGCGUGUCUCCAUUGAAGCGGAAUCAGAGCAAUUAUUUUGAGGUAACGCCUGAGGAUGUGUGCGGCCAAGACCUGAAGAUUGACGUUCUGUUGGUGAAUUUGUUGCCCGACGGCGGGAUCCAGAAGCUGUGGGUGUACGGCGAAUGUGCGCUGGAUCUGGGCGGCGUGUUCAAGAUGAAGGAGAGAGAGCUGCCCUCGAGGUUGCUGAACUACGCGGACGGUGCGAUCGGCGCGCAAGUCGUGUACGCAUCCUCUGGCUGGGAAACCGCGGCCAACCUGCUCGUAAACGGUUCGCUCAUUGACGACAACCCCCAGGCCGACCGUCGAGACUCUCAAGUGAUCCACCCGGUCAUGGCUAUACAGCCGGUUAACGACCAGGUAUGGAUUACGCCGCGACAGCCCCUAAGGCCAAUGUUCGUGAAGGAACCUUUGGUGGGCGAGGAUAUACCCUUCUCUGGUGAAGACCAAGUUAUUAUCGCUCUCGCGGCCAGGUGUCUCGUCCACUCCGUGGACGUUAGCACCACCGGCAUACACGGCGACCUGCCCUACAAAGUGUUCGUCAGUGUCCUCGACUCCUCCCAGACCAGAAAAAUGACCGUCCUUCAACAACAACUCCUCUUUGCCAACCACCACGCCAGACUCGAGUGGUUCGAGUUCGGAACCAUUGACGACCUUGAGGGGGACGAGGAAUACACUGUAACCCUCAAAAAUCCAGUCCCGGCCACGCACUUAAAGAUUGCAAUCAACCCUGAUGGUGCCGUCGCACGCGUGUGUGUCAGCGGCAAACAUCUCGAUUUCGACGCCGCCGACUUGUUCACCUUGGAGGAGGAACCCGAAGAGGAGUACCAAGAGGACCAUGACGAAUCCUCCAUGCUCCAGUAA